AUGUAUGUUGUGACUGGUAGUGAUGAGGAUGACUGUUACCGGUGUUUCCCGCCCGACCCGGGCAUUGGUACUGCUGCGUCAGGUACUAGUGAGGCUGCUGCUCUAGGUGCCAGUGCGUCUGUGCUCUCAGGUACUGGUGAGUCUGCCCUCUCAGGUACUGUGUCGGCCUCGGCCUCUCACACCUUCACACUUGACUCUGGAGCGUCUCGCUCCUUCUUUCGGGACCGCACUACUCUCACGCCGCUGAGUCGGCCGGUUGCGGUGUCCCUGGCUGACCCCUCUGGGGGGCCUGUCCUGUCUCGCUUCUCCACGGUACUUCCGUGUCCGGCGGCCCCCUCUGGCACCCUGUCUGGUCUCUACCUCCCCUCGUUCUCGACGAACCUGGUGAGUGGUGCUGACCUACAGGAUGCGGGUGUCCACCAGUUCACUCCUGCCCGUCAGCGGGUGACCCACUGCACGGAGGCUAGCACGGGACGCCACCUGGCUACUUUUACACGUCGGCCAGGGUCGAGCCUGUACACACUGACCACUGCUUCUCCUCCAGGUACUGAGUCUGGUAGGGUCCCUUCGUCUGGUCAGGUGUUUGCCGCAGCGUCCAGGUCUGGUCCUGAGUCUUCCCCCUGUUCGUGUCGUCGUCUGUCUCACGAGACCCUCCUCUGGCACCACCGCCUUGGCCACCCCUCUCUGCUUCGGCUCAGAGGCAUGGCCUCCCGUCUUCUUGUGUCUGGUCUCCCCCGGUCUCUACCUCCCCUUCCUCAGGGCUCUGGCCCUGCCUGUGUCCCCUGUGUCGAGGGGCGCCAGCGUGCUGCCCCUCACUCCUCCCAGUUUCCUCCGACAGAGGCCCCGCUGCAGACGCUUCACAUGGACGUGUGGGGCCCAGCCCGCGUCCGUGGACAGGGUCAGGAGUGCUACUUCCUGCUCGUUGUUGACGACUACUCGCGUUACACCACAGUCUUCCCCUUGCGCAGCAAGGGUGAGGUUACUGAGGUGCUGAUCGACUGGAUCCGCGCAGCUCGUCUUCAGCUCAGGCAGAGCUUUGGCUCCGACUUUCCUGUGUUGCGUCUGCACUCUGACAGAGGCGGAGAGUUCUCCUCUGGCCUUCUACGUGCCUACUGUCGGGCGCGAGGCAUCCGCCAGUCCUUCACGCUUCCGGACUCCCCACAGCAAAAUGGGAUUGCUGAGCGCCGCAUUGGCAUGGUCAUGGACGUCGCCCGUACGUCCAUGAUGCAUGCGGCUGCCCCCCAUUUUCUGUGGCCGUUUGCGGUCAGGUACGCAGCGCAUCAGAUCAACCUCCACCCCAGGGUCUCCAGGCCGGAGACCUCCCCAGCCCUGCUGUGGACGGGGAAGGUUGGCGAUGCGUCGGCGUUCCGGGUCUGGGGAUCUCGGGCGUUUGUCCGCGACUUGUCUGCGGACAAGCUGUCCCCUCGCGCUGCUCCCUGCGUCUUCCUGGGGUUCCCCCCCGACGCCCCUGGGUGGCAGUUCUACCACCCCACCUCUCGACGUGUUCUGUCCUCCCAGGACGUCACGUUCGACGAGUCGGUGCCCUACUACCGCCUCUUCCCCUACCGCACUCCGUCCCUCCCCCCACCCCCGCUCUUCUUGGUACCAGGUCCCCCCCCGGUGGUCCCCCUCCCCCCUCAGGGUCCUGCCCCUUCAGGUGUGUCCCAGGUAGACGCGGUCGAGCCUGUCGAGGUCACUGGUGACUCUGGUGCUGCUGCGGGAGCUGAGCCUGGGGGUGCGGAGUCUGGGGGUGCUGAGCCUGGGGGUGCUGAGUCUGGGGGUGCUGAGCCUGGGGGUGCGGAGUCUGGGGGUCCUGAGUCUGGGGGUGCUGAGCCUGGGGGUGCUGAGCCUGGGGGUGCUGAGCCUGGAGGUGCUGAGCCUGGGGGUGCUGUGCCUGGGGGUGCUGAGCCUGGAGGUGCCGAGCCUGGGGGUGCUGUGCCUGGGAGUGCUGUGCCUAGGGGCGCUGAGCCUGGGGGUGCUUCGUCUCGCCGGGAGCCACUCUCCCCACAGGAGCUGCGUGAGUGGUUUGCCAGGCGCUGGAGGCGUGCUCCUGGUGCUGGUGGUUCUUCGACUGCAGAGGGCACUGCUGCCGCGCGUCCCGGCGGUGCUCGUCCUGUGGGUGCUGGAGCUGCUGGGUCUGCGAGUUCUCCUGGAGCUAAUGCUGCUGAGGGUGUUGGCGCUGAGCCUGCUGCUGGCGGUCCGACUGACAGUGCUCCUGGUGCUGCUGCUGGAGGUUCUGGAGCUUCUGGUGGUGCUGCUGGAGGUGCUACUGGAGUGGGUGCUCCUGCCGAGGGUGCUGGUGCUGUUCCUGCUGUUUCUUGCGUCGCCGCGCGGCCCCGACCGUACUUCGUUCCGCUCCUGCAGCAGGUUCUUGGUCUUCCACUUUCUCCUCCUCUCUUAGAGGGUCCGCAGCCUGUCCGGUCACACCCACAGCUACAGCCUGCCUCCCCUUUGCCUGCUCCUUCUCCCUACGCUGGUCCGACUGGAGGUCUUACUGAGCGUCGUGAGCCUGCGUCUCGUCCUGCGUCGCCUGUUCGUACUGAGCGCGCUAGUGGUCGCGGGUCGCGUCAGCGUCCUCCUCCUGUCCCUGGCACGCACCGGAUGUCACUGCGUCCGUCCACUGCUCCUCUGCGUGCCCCUUUGCCUUCUCCUCCUGCUUCCUCUCUUCCUGCGCUUGCCGACCCGGAGUCGGACUCUCUUCGUGCUGCCAGUCCUACUGUCACGCGUCUCCUUGCUACUGCUGUUACUGACCCUUCCUUCGAGUCGUCUGCUGCGUCUGCCCUUGUCACUGAGCUUGUCGACUUUGCUGCGCGCUGUCGUCUAGACUACGCUGCCAGUCUUGUCGCUGAGUCUGAGUCUGCCUGUCCUCCGUCCGUCGGGGGUGAGUGUGCCCUCGGCACGGACGUCCUUGAGGACAGGCAGGAGGAGUUCCAGUGUCUGGCCGCCGCUUCACCCCAUCUCGCGUCUGUACUGCUAGCCCCUGAGGGAGACCCGGAUGCACCAGACAUCCCGACUCCGCGCUCUUACGCGGAGGCGAUAGAGGGUCCCUACUCCUCUCAGUGGCAGGCAGCUAUGGAUGCAGAGAUGGCUUCCUGGAAGUCCACAGGCACCUACGUCGACGCUGUCCCCCCUCCUGGGGCGAACAUCCGGCAGGGGGUUGACUACUUUCAGACCUUCUCCCCCACCCCGAAGAUGACCACUCUUCGGGUUCUGCUGCACGUUGCUGCUCACCGUGACUACGAGCUGCACUCUCUCGACUUCAGCACAGCUUUCUUGCAGGGCAGUCUGCACGAGGAGAUCUGGCUGCGCCGCCCACCUGGCUUCACUGGGUCUUUCCCUCCUGGUACCCAGUGGAGUCUCCGGCGUCCAGUCUACGGUCUCCACCAGGCGCCACGUGAGUGGCACGACACACUGAGGACUACGCUCGCGGCACUUGGGUUUGCUCCGUCUACUGCCGACCCGUCGCUGUUUCUGCGCACCGACACCUCUCUGCCGCCGUUCUACAUCCUCGUGUACAUCGACGACUUGGUCUUUGCCACAGCUGACACUGCUGGACUCGCCUACGUGAAGUCCGAGCUGCAGAAGAGACAUACGUGCACUGACCUGGGUGAACUGCGUAGCUACCUUGGCUUGCAGAUCACCCGGGACAGAGCGCGCCGCACCAUUACCCUGACUCAGUCACACAUGGUGCAGCAGGUCCUUCAGCGCUUCGGCUUCACGUACUCCUCGCCUCAGGCCACUCCUCUGCCUACUCGCCACUCGCUCUCAGCUCUGCCUUCGGAUGAGUCCGUAGAGUCGAGUGGCCCGUUUGCAGAGCUUGUUGGCUGCCUCAUGUACCUGAUGACCUGCACACGUCCUGACCUUGCAUACCCUCUUAGCAUUCUAGCACGCUAUGUUGCUCCUGGGAGACACCGACCAGAGCACAUGGCUGCAGCGAAGAGGGUGUUGCGUUACUUGUGCAGUACGUCGGGCAUGGGGCUAGUGCUUGGAGGGCGCAGUCCAGUGGUCCUCACUGGGCACGCAGACGCUUCCUGGGCUGACGACCAGGCUACGCAGCGGUCGUCACAGGGUUACACCUUCAGCCUUGGUUCCGGCUCUGUUUCGUGGCGGGCUACUCGCUCGUCUUCUGUUCUGGGCUCCAGUUGUGAGGCUGAGAUCUACGCUGGGGCUAUGGCUGCACAGGAGUUACGCUGGCUCACCUACCUGCUGAACGACCUUGGAGAGCAGCCUCGUUCUCCUCCAGUCCUGUACGUAGACAACAAGGCCAUGCUGGCCUUGUGUCGAGAGCAGCGACUGGAGCACAGAACGAAGCACAUUGCCCUCCGCUACUUUCUUGCUCGUGAGCUGCAGCAGCGUGGACAGUUGCGACUUGCGUACGUGGCCUCUGAGGCCAACACUGCUGAUGUCUUCACUAAGGCACUUGCGCCUUGUGAUCAUCAGCGUUGUUGCACGCAGUUGGGUCUUGUGCCUGUCUUGCCUCACUUGCUCACUUCUUGA